CUUUGAGUACGACACUCCUUACUGCAGACUUGUCCAGCUCACUCUCACAGCCACCAUGACUUUCAACGGCAACUGGAAGAUUGAUCGCAAUGAAGACUAUGAGAAAUUCAUGGAAAAAAUGGGAAUUAACAUGGUGAAGAGGAAGCUGGCUGCUCACGACAACCUCAAGGUAACCCUCGAACAGACUGGAGACAAGUUUCACGUCAAGGAGACCAGCGCCUUCCGCAACCUGGAAAUAGACUUCACCCUGGGGGUCACCUUCGAGUACAGCCUGGCCGACGGAACGGAACUAUCAGGUUCAUGGACCAUGGAGGGAGACAUGUUGAAGGGGGCCUUCAACAGGAAGGACAACGGAAAGCUACUGACAACAACCAGAAUCGUCCAAGGAGAUGAACUUAUACAGAGCUACAACUACGAGGGCGUGGACGCAAAGAGGAUUUUCAAGAAGUAUUAGAUCAAACUGAUCAACAUACCUUGAAAAUAAGAUGUUUGACAUCAGGAUUACAUAUAGUAUUGUGUUGAAUUUCAUUUUCUUAUACCAACACAUCCUGUAAAACAUGCACUACUUGUAAUGCCCAGAAAGUUUAUGAAACAUAUUUGAAUGUCACAUAAUUGUGAUACUUGCAGUAAUAAAGCCAUACUGUAACUACCUUUA